AUGGCCUCCAGUGCACAUAAUUGGCAGAAUGAGAGAAGUAAAUCAAGAGUGGCAUCAGUCAAUGACAUGGACACUAUUGCUAAUUUGACAACCCAGAUUUCAGCUCUCACUACCCAGGUUGCUUUUUGCGAGUUGUGUUCAGGACCACAUUCGACUCUUGAAUGCAUGUCUGGAAAUCCCUCGGCUUCACCCAAUGGAGAGCAAGUGAACUUUGUCAACAACUUCCAACGGAGUAAUCAAGGGCCUUAUUCGAACACUUACAAUCCCGGGUGGCGUAAUCAUCCUAAUUUCUCAUGGAGGAAUGAGAAUAAUGCACUUAAACCGCCACCUGGAUUCCAAAAGCAAGGCCCUGCUCAGAAUGCUCCACCUCAGCAAAGUCAGUCGAGAAUGGAAGAGCUCAUGUUGAGCUAUAUGCAAAAGACUGACACCAUGCUACAGAAUCAACAAGCCACUAUUCGAAACCUAGAGGGUCAGAUUAGUCAGAUUUCUCAGCAAUUGAGUAAUAGACCAUCAGGGUCUUUACCCAGCAACACUGAAGAGAACCCCAAGGGUGUCAAUGCUAUAAUGCUGAGGAGUGGCAAGGAAUUGGAAACAGUCAAUAGAAAAGCUCAAACUCAGGAGGAGAGUUCGGAGAAAGACAAAGGUAAGCAAAAGGUGGAGGAACCAAGGCAGAAGUCACUAGGGGUGAAACCGUAUGUUCCUCCUAUCCCUUUUCCAGGAAGAUUGAAGCAACAACAGUUGGACGCCCAAUUUGCUAAAUUCCUAGAUGUCUUUAAAAAGCUGCAAAUCAACAUUCCAUUUGCAGAAGCACUCCAGCAGAUGCCUUCAUAUGCUAGAUUCAUGAAGGAUCUGCUCACUAAAAAGAGGAAGUUUGAUGGGAGUGAGCCUGUGAUGCUUACAGGAGAGAAACUUGGACUUGGAGAAUGCAAGAAAACUCAUAUUACCUUGCAACUUGCUGACAGGAGUAUCAAAUAUCCAAAGGGUAUUGUCGAGAAUGUCCUGGUGAAGGUAGACAAAUUCAUAUUUCCAGUCGACUUCAUAGUCUUGGAGAUGGAGGAGGACAGAGAGGUGCCCAUGAUCCUUGGCAGACCGUUCCUUGCGACAGGUAAAGCAUUAAUAGAUGUGGAACAAGGUAAGCUCACUUAA